CAUGCACAUUCUGCUGGUGCAAAUGUUGGUGAUUCGGGAGUCCAGUACCACACUCGAACGAGGAGACGAGGUCUGUUUUACAUGUUCCAGAACCGCCGCGAUAGCGAMACGUCCCGAUAUAUGGCAGCCACAAAAAAUAGCGACGAUGAGAAAGACGAAAAUGACGACGAUAAUGAGGAGAAAAAAGAAGCAGACAUGACGCAAGAAGAAGGUUGGGAAUUUGCUAUGCAGCUGGAGACCAAAGAAUCUUUCCAACCUUCUCCCAAGUYGAAAAGUAGCAAAAACGGUGAGGAUAACGACACUACAAAGGAUGAUCCGACUUUAUCCAAAAAGAAAGCAGCCAUUGCAAAACUGAAGUCCGAGGUAGCAUCGAAGCGCGCAGUGAAAAAAGCCCAGGCUGAGGCUCAACGAAUUCUCGAGGAAGCCAAUAAGAUUAGGGCCGAACAGGACGAUAAACUAAGGCAGGCCGAAGCCGAAGUCGCCCGGCUCAAGGCGGAAGCCCGUGCAAGGGAGGAAGCAGAAGCCGCCGCCAAGCGAAAAGCAGACACCGAGGCUAAGGCGAAAGCAGUCAAACUCAAAGCAGAAGCUGAAGAAAAAGCCAAGGCAGCCGCCGAGAAAGAACAGAAGAGACUUGAGGCCGAGGCAAAAGCGCAGAAAUUAAAAWCACAGGAGGAGGCAAAAGCCAAGGCGGCCGCCGCGAAAGAAGAAAAGAGACUUGAGGAUGAGAAAAAGGCACAGGAAAUAGCAACGCUUCUCAAAGCAAAGGAGGAAGCCGCUCGGGUCAUGGCUGAAAUCGAUGCUAAGCUCACGGCCGAGGUUGACAAAGAAGARGCCGAGAGAGUUWCAAAACUGCAGGCAGAUGCAAUGAAAACACCGGCACUAGACGAUGCCGAUGACGAAAUCCUUGCUAAGCUUAUGGAAGAAAUGGAAAAGGUUCGGAUCGAGUUGGAUUCGAGAAUCAAAGCCGAAGAAGAGGAACAAAAAAGAGAACCAUCCAAGGCCGAGGCUCAAAAUCUYACGGGUGCUCCAUCAUCAGAACUAAUGGAACGCAUCAAAAGUGGAGCAUCUUACGAAAAACCGAAAAAAGUUCCAUCGCCAUCAGCAGCUGAAGAAGAWMAGCCAGUCCCGACAAAAAAAGAAGAGKUACCACUCACAYCGUCAACAACCGKAAUGCCAUCAAARCAWYCCAUGCCGGAUUUGACUCCGCCAGGUUCCAAGACGACACCUGUCGGCAAAACAACAAUUGAGGGUUCCAAAAAAGAGAAAUCGAAGCCGAAGUGGAUGGUAGAUUGGAAGAAAGAMGCCRAGCCCUCCAAUGCAGAAUCUGAAGCGAAGGAGGUUACCACGGCCUCCAAAAACACCGAGGUAGGGAGCAUGGAAGAAAAAAUGGAAGAGARAGCAGAUCUCGACGAAAAGGAAGAGAAAACCAAGGACCCGAGAACCACGGGCAAAAGCAGCAGAGAAAACCUCUUUGAUGUAAUUGGCAGAACAGCUGGCAGUACUMUCYCCAUGGAUGAAUUGACAAAAAACAAAAAGAAGUCCRCGCARCAGAAACAGACACCACCAUCCUUCGAACCAGAGGUCGUGRAGGAAUCAAAAAAGGACGGCACACGUCCCAUGCCAGAUGAUUUAUUCAACAAGAAGGAACUAAAAAAAAGGGGUCCACCGUCCGAUUUUGGCUCCUUUGCGGCAAGUGCUAGUGGGAAGAACYCCUGGUCCUCUCAAAAGAGUUCUAAGUACGAAGGACCACCUCCCUCUUUUGGAGCUUCCGUAGCAAUGGCUAGUUCAGGUGACGUCCCACAAGACUUGCUAAGCCGUGGUACGGCAUCUACAGAUGCAGGGGUCUCAUCGCCUCCUCCGGAAUCUUCCAAAAAAAAGAAAAAGGACGAUAGCAACAUCAUUGAUGUUGUGGAUGCGGUCUACACGAAGAAAGACAAACCACCRAAGAAAAAGGMAUCCACAAGAAAGACCAAGCUUCCAACACCAACACCUAUGAACAGUGCUCCUCCACUAGAGGUUGAAAAGACUGUUCCGUCUAUUCGCAAGGAGUCCAAGAAGAAUGGAGACUUUUCAGGGAMSAAGAAAACAAWUCCAUCGAAUUCAAAAAGUACACCURGUCCUGUUAAUAUCGGCAAAGCUGCAGUUGAGAAUGCCUCUAAUUUYGGGRCUGGUGAUGAUAGAAAAGAGUCCUCAAAAGACAAAGAGCCUAUGGGGGAAAACGUUGAUACGAAAAUUAAGGAUGUACAAAAAGAAAAGUCUAUGGAAGACCGAGUCGCAGAACUCUUGAAGGAGGCCUUUUCCCUUAGUAAGGAAGAUAGUCGGGUUGCCGAUCUACUCCAGGGAGUGGUUUCGAUUACCACUGGCAAAGACAUUGAGGACAAUCAGGKYUCUGCCAAGAAUAAAUCUGCAAGACGUAGAAAGAAAACUAUUUCUGAAGAAGAUGACGACGACGAUGAAGAAMGAGAMGAGGACAUGUWUCUUUACAAUGAAAUGUACGAAGAUGAUGAARAUGGAGAAGAAGAUACCGCAAUUAUGGGGCGGACACGCAAAAGAAGAAACACAGAAGGUGCGAACGAUUUCCAAAGGAAAGAUGUGAUGAAUGAUCCAAAUCGUAGARGACCACCAAAUACAAGGAGAAUUGAAAGUACUCCGGUCGAGAAUGAAUGGGGAGAUGAUGGGUUCAUAGAGACCCCUAUGCCAUCCAACGAUUYCAACGACUAUGAUGGUGGUGGRUACUUCGAGGACGAUGAUAGCGAGUACUUCGAAUACGACGAAAACGAUACAUGGCGAGGUAGGGCCACACGCCGUCCAGAAGCGCCUCAAGGUGGUAGGUAUUCGGUCCGACCUCCACCAUCCGGUCAAGGUAUGGAUCAGUCGGGCUUCGAUUCUGAUGAAGAUUAUUAUUUUCUCAAAUUUGGGGCCCCUCGUCCUCCACGUGAUCCAUAUGAUGACCGAGUUGAUGAUAUGYACUACGAUGACGAUGGCGACUAUUGGGAUGACGAAGAAAUUAGUGUACAACCUGGUGAGCCGCGUCCUGMAUAUUCUGCGCCAGAUGGAGUUAAAAAAGGGCCUCCUUCCUCCUUCGGAAAUUUCGUUGCCGAUGCCAGUAUGGCCAAAACUGGUUAUGCGCCGUCGUCAAUGAAAAGCGAUGUUGACAACAAUGGUAGCAGUGGAGGAACUCUCGGUCCGGAUGGUGACGAAUGGGGCGAUGAAAUGUCAUCGAAUACCGGGAGUAUGCUUACGCCAAAAGGCAAAAAAAUUAACGGAGGGAGUGGCGGAGACAUUCCUUCGGGUGGAGCUCCCUCAAAACCACUUUUUGUGGUUUCCGAAGACCAGGGRAGCAGUAGCGGACGYGGAGGAAAGGGCCCCCCAUCCAAUUUUGGAAAAGCCGUCGGCGCGGCGAGUGAGAUGCAAACAGGUGUCAACACUUCGCAAAGAAGUAUCGAAGAAGAGAUUGCSRACGGUGGAAUGUCAACUAACACCGGAAUGAUGGCCACUCCAAGACGAAAAGCUGCUGCGACACCUGGUAAUAACUCAGACGYACCCUCGGGKAGUGCCCGGCAAGUGAAAAAGCCGUUGUUUAUAGUUUCUGAAGAUGAUGCCGCCACRCCAGAUUUUGGUUCGAGUGUUGCAGAAGCCAGUGGCGCGAGAACUGGUUGGGCUCCAAARAYGCCAAAACGAGCAGCCGGCGGAUUAGAUGGAGGAACUACCGGUGGCAUGCGACCAAAAAUAAAAAGUCCUUCUAACGUURGCAAUCCACAGAAUCCCUCGAAUGGAAAURAUUCGCAAAGGCCAGGGUUUGGAUCGGCUGUCUUCGAUUCCUGUCCCACAGUUCCAGCUGGCUCGUCAGGCUCCCCGAACAUCCAAAACCCUACGCCGGAAGGGGAUCGCCCCGUACAAAAGAAAGAAUCGUCUGAUCCCGACUUGAUGCACAAGCACCAGCGAAAUCCUGCUGUCAAAUUGGUKGACGGGGGUGCUUCGAAGUCGAAACCCAAGCAGGUGCUAUACAGYGGAUCCAUGAUGGCGCCCAGAGUUGUUCGUCGGAACCCGUCACCAUUAAAAAACGAAGACGAUAAGAGCGAAGAAGACCAAGGGGGGGGGGAAACCUGUUGAGUGAGAUAAUAAUUGCAACACAUAUGG